GUUGACAAACGUUGCAGCAGCAGCAGCAGCAGCAGUGACAACAACAUGUUGCCUCUAUCUCUACUGAAGACAGCCCAAAACCACCCUAUGUUGGUGGAGUUGAAGAAUGGAGAAACAUACAACGGUAAUCUUGUUUCUUGCGACAACUGGAUGAACAUUAAUCUUAAAGAUGUCAUCUGUACCUCACGGGAUGGUGACAAAUUCUGGAGGAUGCCCGAGUGCUAUAUCCGAGGUUCCACCAUUAAAUAUUUGAGACUGCCUGAUGAAGUAAUUGACCUUGUCAAGGAAGAAGUAGUGGCUCGUGGACGUGGCCGAGGUGAAAGCAGAGGCCGUGGAGGACCUGGACGUGGUCGUGGUGGUCCUGGUAGAGGUGGCUUUGGAGGUCGAGGGCGUGGUGGGCCCCCAGGUGUUGGCGGUGGGCGAGGGGGUCCUGGACGUGGUGGCAUGAAGAAAAAGGAAGGAUUUAAAUAGCCUAUCAUGUUUAGAUUGUUUGGAAGGAUGUGGAGCACUGGCUAUAUGCAAAUCUAAUUGAACAACUUAUCAUUGUAUAGAUAUUGUAUACAUAUUACAAACUCGUUUUCAUUGAUUUUGGAAUUUAAUGUGUGCGAUCCAAUAAUUAGGGUGUGAUUGUAGUAUUUUCUGCAGUACAAUAGCAUGUGUUUUUAUUUAUUGCCUGUGAUGUUAUAAACAUUUUACUUUCCAGUAUCUAGCAUCAUUUUCACUGGACAGUAAAACUUCCUGACAGGUUAAGGUUUUUAUGUUGUUGUGAACUAGUCAUGAAAGGUGACCAAGCUGGUUUGAGCUUUUUUGUAUUUGGUGUAAAUGGUUUUAUUACAAUCCAGUAAAACAAAUAUUUUUGGUCAUUAAAUGGUGAAUAAUCUAUUUCAUGAAGUUAAUACAAUAAACAUAAUGAUUUUUUUUCUUUUUUUCAAAAAAAAAAAAAAUUCUACGUUGCAAAAUAUGUACAGAUUGUACAGUAUGUGUGUAUUUUCUAGCAAGAGAUAAAUACUGUAAGUACAAGUUAAUUGUACUUAAAUACUUCUCAAUGGAAUUUCAUCCAGUGGCUACUUAAGUAGAUAAUUUGGCUAAGCUGAAUGGAUUUAUGUAGAUACAUGUGCUCAAAUAAGUGACCUGGUAGUGAAGGACAGUUAUAUUGUUUUUAUGUGGCUUACUUUGUGUGAAUUUGUGGUAAAAACUAUUUGGGGGCAAAUGUUUGGCUUAGCUUAUUUUCCAAGUAUUAUUGUUGUUUUAAAUACAGCUCUCCCUUGUUUUAUGGGCUAGACUUGUUCCUGGCUCAUGGCCCAUAAAGUAAAGCCGUUACAACAUGUAAAACAUAGGGAUUGGGUUUGAGACUUCAUAGACCUCUAUGGGUUUAGUGCUCACUGCUUUGAAUGAAAUAAUAAUUAUAUUAAUAAUAAUGAGACUUCAAGUUCCACAUUUCUUGACUAAUAUUUGCCAAAAACCUGAGCUUAUUAAAAACUCAUGCACCAAAUGGUCAUAAACAAAAAAAAAAAUUUUUUGUAAAAAACUGAGAGAAAGUAAAAUCUGAAAUUCAAUCAUAAUCCCUCUACAAUACAAACUUUUCAAACAGAUCCACAUUUCUUUACUUUUACUCAAAAAAUCAUUAUGAGCAUAUCAUAUGAUCACCAAAUGGUUGAUCAUAUGACUGCAUAUCUUUUGAAUAGUACACAUCUCUUAGUACUCUUUCCUCGCUAUCUCCACCCCUAGACCCAACUUUGUGUCGGCACAACACAACUAUGGGCAGCUGGGUGUCUGUUUACUUUUGGCUUGUUACAAGAUGCUUAAAUUGAUACUUAACCCUUUCAGGGUUUCCGACAUACUAGUACGUCUUGCGCACCAGGGUUAUUGACGUACUAAUACGUGUAAAUUCUAACGCCUUCAAAUCUAGCGAGAGAAAGCUGGUAGGCCUACAUAUGAAAGAAUGGGCCUAUGUGGUCAGUGUUCACAGUAUAAAAAAAAUCCUGCAGCACACAGUGUAUAAUGAGAAAAAAAAAACUUUGACCAUGUUUUUGGUUUAAAACAGCGACUUUGCACCAUACUUUCGUAUGGUAUUUAUGGUUGUAUUCUAGUUUUCCUGGUUUCAUUUUAUAGAAUGGAAGACAUAUUACAGAAAUUGAGAUGAUUUUGAUUGAUUUCACAAUGAAAAGUACCUUGAAAUUGAGCUCAAAGUAGCAGAUAUGUUCGAUUUUUGCCAAAGUUCAAAAGUAAACAAAUCAUGCCACGCGUCCAAUACAUGUCAACUGGUGAGUCUAAUAUUAUUUCACAAGUGUGCUGAUAUUAUUUAUACCAUUUCUACACUAAUGCAGUAGUCUGCAUAACAGUAAAUCUUCUAUUUUUUGUGAGAAUAAAAAUUCGAAGUAGAAAGCAAAAGAAAUGUAAGAGGGGCCUGGGGACGUGACUAAUGACAGAAGAAAUGUUAUUUUAGUGCCAGGAAUGUCUGUUUUGUUUAUUCUGGACCCUGUUUGGAAAUUAGCAUUUUUUGAAAUUUGUGUGAAAUUGGCAAAAUUGCCAAAUUCUGACCAAUUUAUUGGAUAGUUGAAAUCGGUAAAUGGGUGGUUUCUUGUACUCAUUCGAUAGAAAAAAUGGAGUUAUAGCAAAAUAGUUAUGAUUUUUGUUGAUUAGUACACUGGAAUUGGCCGAAAAUAGGGCUUAGUGGGCGAAAUCGCCAAUGCGUAAACAUCGUCAAGACUGCUAACUUCGCAAGAGCAUAAUUCCGUACGUUUUCCGUCAAAUUUCAUACUUUUGGUGUCAUUAUGAUCAGGAAAAGAUUAUCAUUUCAGAAGGUUUUUUUUUUUUUUUUUUUCAAAAAAAAUUUUGACCCUGAGAACAAGUUUAGGAGAGGGCCUCUCGACCCUGAAAGGGUUAAUGGGAUUUUGUUCAAAACAUUUUCAUUGGCAUUCCCACACCCAAAUCUGUUUUCUAGUUUAUUAUGUUUGUCUUAUGAAAAUAAGCACAGUAUAAUCCAGCUUGGAGUGAUAUUUAAGAAAUGUUAAAAAUUGAAUGGUGCUGGUCUUGAGUGAUUACACACAAGAGCUAAUUUAUACCACCUGUAGUGAAUUAUUCAUAGAAAUAAGGUUGCCACACAUAAGCAGAUUUGUACAAAGCAAAACCACAUACAGUGAGAUACCUGCCUAGAUGUUAUAAAAUGAAGCCAAAAUGCUGUAUUGUUUGUGAUGUGUAAUUAGGCAGGUACAUAUGAAUUUCAUGUUCCUGUAAUUAUUUAUUGUUACUUAUAAUGAUUUCCCUGAAGAAUCAGACCAUGUUUAAAUGUAGAGAAGUUGUUAAAAAAAAAAACUUAAAAAUUAAGAAAAAUUCAUCAUCAGUACCUUUCUCAGUUUUAUAAAUAAAGGAAAAAAUAUA